AUGCCGAACGCAGACCCGAUGACAGAUUCCUUUAGUGGGUCACUGUCGGACUUUGAUAAACUAGAAAUUAUGAUGGAUUUGACUACAUCCAUGAGCGACCUUCCCAACGCGACGUGGAUGCCAAGCCAGCAGUUCUCUGGCCUUGAGACUGCCCCAUGCUCGCACCGCGCAGAUGACUCGAUGCAACAACAAUCAUCAAUCAACAACGACACGCAAUCAGUCACUUCGAAUGGCGCCACGUUUGACCGGUGUAACGCCUUUGUCACAAAGUCUUUGGCAAAAGCAUCAAACCCCGAGGCGGAGGAGCUCCUUGAGGCUGCUAUUGCAGGUUUGGAGACCCUUGGCUUCACGAGUGUCGACUCAUUUGCUGAAGCAUACUAA